ACUCUUUCUCAAACCUUAUUACUUAUUGCAUUGUUUUUUACAAUAUCUGACACCUCCCCUCCAUUUUUGUUUUAUAAUGUUUCGCAUGCCACAAAAAAAAAAAAAAUGAAAAAAAGAACCGUCGAUUUUUACAAUAUAUUGGAGACCUCAGAGCUCGUACUUUGAUUCCUGCAUUGCAUGUAACCAAACAAACCCCUCUCUCUCUCUCUACCAACUUCACCUUCUUCUUUUGCCUUCCUCAGCUUAAAUUCAUGUGAUGCUGGAAAAUUUUGCUCAAACACUCAAAUGGGAAAGAAGAGUGGUACUUCAUGGCUGACUAUAGUGAAAAGGGCGUUCAGGUCUCCCACUAAAGAUUACGAUCAGCCAAAAAGUAGCAGAAGAAGAGAUGAACAUGAACCAGAAGAGGAAGAAAAGAAGAGAGAAAAGAGAAGGUGGCUUUUCCGGAAGCCUACUCUUCAUGUUCAACAAUGUGAAGCAAGGACAGUGACUGUAGAUGCAAGUGCGCCUGUGAGUCCUGUUUUGGAUGCUGAGCAACGGCAUGCAAUUGCUGUGGUCGCAGCAACUGCAGCUGUGGCUGAAGCAGCAGUGGCUACUGCCCAAGCGGCAGUAGAAAUUGUUCGGCUCACUGAACCGAAUAACUUUGCUAGAGAACACUAUGCUGCUACACUCAUUCAAACAGCAUUCAGAGGUUACUUGGCAAGGAGAGCUCUACAUGCACUCAAGGGGCUGGUAAAGCUUCAAGCUUUAGUGAGAGGUCAUAACGUUAGGAAGCAAGCAAACCUGACACUGAAAUGCAUGCAAGCUCUGGUUCGAGUACAAGAUCAGGUUCGCAACGAAAGAUCAAGGCUUUCGCAUGACGCCGGUCGAAACUCCAUGUUUGCUGAAACAGACCUUCACUUGUGGGAAUCCAGAUAUCUUCGGGACAUUCGUGACAGAAAGUCAAUAUCUAGGGAGAAAAGUCUUGGUGAGGACUAUUGGGACGAAGGGCUUGAACCCGUAUUGCAUAGUAGAAAGGAAGCUGCUUUAAAACGUGAAAAGGCUCUGGCUUAUGCUUUCUCUCAUCAGAUAUGGAGGCCUGGGAGGAACCCGUCUGCAGGGAAUGAUGCAGAGCUAGAAGAGAGAACAAGAUGGCUAGAAAGAUGGAUGGCCACGAAGCAAUUUGAGAACAGAAGCCGAGCUUCAAUUGACAAAAGGGACUCCAUAAAAACAGUUGAGAUCGAUACGAAUUCAAGGCCUUCCUCAUGCACAUCUUCAAAUGUCCCAAUUUCAUCGUCACAUUCGCAACAUCAAAAGCAGCCGGCCUCCUACGCCAUUGCUUCAGCUUCACCCCUGCACAAAUCACAGUACAUGAAUCAUCUCUCGCCUGCAACACCCUCUCCUUCAAAACCAAAAGCUCUGAAAGUGAGGACGGCGAGUCCAAGAUGCCCGAAAGAGGAAAAUUACUAUUGUUCAUCAGCUGCACACACACCAAGCUUAUCAGGCACCAAUGCUUAUUGCAGCUUCAGGGGUGCAAUGUGCCGUUCUGGAACACCAAAUUACAUGGCUUCUACUGAAUCCGCAAAGGCCAAGGCUCGAUCGCUUAGCACACCAAAAACAAGGCCUUCUACACCCGAGAGAGAAAGAGGCAGCGGUUCAGCCAAGAAGCGCCUUUUGUACCCUGUCUCGGCUGAGCCACAACAGCAUGAUUGUGUUGGCAUUGAUUGUAGUAGCUUUAGCCAGAACUUGAGAAGUCCUAGCUUCAAGAGUGUACAAAAUAAUGACUACUAUGGGAGGCAGAACUUGUCGUCGUACGCCAAUACCCUAGGGGGAGAGAUUUCUCCAUGUUCAACCACUGAUCUGUGGUGAACCUAGUUUUUAAUUUGUUGUCUGGUUUGGAACUGGAAUGGAAAUUUUAUUAUUGGUUUGGUUGGA